UGAUAAUCAGUGCUAGGACCACCGCAGAGAGAGAGAGAGAGAGAGAGAGAGAGAGAGAGAAUGAGAGAGCUUCGUGCCCUGUCGGGUGGUUAUCGGUGUCAGCAUCUGCCUUGCAUCACCAAGGAUGGCCACUUCCUCUCUCUCCCUUUGUCUUCCCGAAGCACCAUCUGAAGAUCUUUGGAUUCUCGUUAGAGCGACCAGCCAAAAAUCAUCUCCCGACAACCAAUCAGAAGACAAAGCCGGGAAAUGCUCUCUCACCGCACACGCACACCCCCACUAUCGUUUUACCUGUUCUUGUCUCAGGCGUCGCUAGUUCAUUAGGCUGCUGCUCCUACUAGGCGUUAGCCUGAUUCUCGGACCUAGGCUGUUUAGAGGCGAGAGAUCGGGUUCUUCUGGUUCUGAACAAGCAUGUUCUCCAAAAGGGUCUGUCGCUAAACUCCCAAAAUAGCUUCUUUCUGUCGUUCUCGUGACUUCUCGUGCGGGUUGGGCCAGCUUGGUGUACGCUUUUAGCGGCAAGGGCAAAAAGAAGCCUUUUAGGAGGAUGCAAACAAGCACCGGCAUGGUCUGGCUCGUGGCGCUGCUGGUUUUGCAAAGUGGGUCGGGCUUGUUCGGAGCCAGCACGAAUGCUUCCGCAAGGCCGGAGUUCGUUAACGUUGGGGGUGUCUUCUCUGUCAACACCCUGAUCGGCUCAGUGGCUAAAGUGGCUGUUCUUGCUGCGGUUGAGGAUGUGAACUCUGACCCAUCAGUUCUUGGUGGAACCAAGCUGAAGGUCAUGAUACAUGACACCAACUACAGUGGCUUUCUGGGCAUAGUUGAGGCUUUACAGUUCAUGGAGAGUGACACCGUCGCCAUAAUUGGACCCCAAACUUCGGUCACUGCUCAUGUGAUAUCGCACAUUGCGAAUGAAUUGCAAGUCCCUCUGCUCUCGUUUUCAGCCACGGACCCGACCCUGGCCUCGCUUCAGUUCCCUUACUUCAUAAGGACCGCGCAGAACGAUCUGUUUCAGAUGGCCACCAUAGCGGCGAUGGUGGAGUUUUACGGAUGGAGGGAAGUGACGGCCAUCUAUGUUGAUGAUGACCACGGGAGGAACGGUAUUGCUGCAUUGGCAGACAAGCUUGCGGAGCACCGCUGCAAGAUCUCUUUCAAGGCACCGAUGAGCCUUGAUGCGACUCAGGACGAUGUAACUGAUGUUCUGGUGAAGGUGGCGUUGAUGGAGUCGCGCAUCAUUGUUCUUCACACUUACAGCUCUCGGGGACCACAGGUGCUUAAAGUGGCCCAGUCUCUUGGAAUGAUGGGUAAUGGAUAUGUUUGGAUCACAACUAACUGGCUUUCGACGAUCUUAGAGUCCAGCUCGCCCCUCUCUUCGGAGGAUAUGCAGAUGUAUGAGGGAGUCCUUUCGCUGACUCCAUACACGCCAGACACUGAACUCAAGAGGAAAUUCGUUUCUCGCUGGAGCAAUUUGACUCGCACAUUUUCGACUAAUAAGACGUUGGGACUGAGUAGCUACGGCCUAUAUGCGUAUGACACAGUUUGGAUACUUGCUCGAGCACUUGACACGUUUUUCAAUCAGGGUGGAGUCAUUUCGUUUUCAAAUGAUUCGAGGUUGACCGGGCUAAAAGGGGGAAAUCUGCACCUUGAUGCUAUGAGCAUCUUCAACGGAGGGAAAUUGCUGCGCGAAUCCAUUCUUCAAGUCAAUGCGACGGGCAUAACUGGCCCUAUUCAAUUCACUCCUGACAAAAACCUUAUUCAUCCAGCUUUUGAAAUUAUCAAUGUGGCAGGCAAUGGAUAUAGGAGGAUCGGUUAUUGGUCUAAUUACUCUGGCUUAUCGGUUGUGCCUCCCGAGAUGCUGUACACAAGGCCUCCGAAUCGUUCCAGCGCGAGCCAGCAAUUGUACCCGGUUAUCUGGCCUGGAGAAACAACACAGAAGCCUCGUGGUUGGGUUUUCCCAGACAAUGGUAGGCACUUGAAGAUUGGAGUCCCGUACAGAGCUAGCUACCGUGAAUUUGUGUCGCCAGCAGAAGGCCAACCUGAUAUGUUCACUGGUUACUGCAUCGAGGUCUUCAUAGCCGCUUUGAACUUGUUGCCUUAUGCCGUGCCUUAUAAGUUCAUCCCGUUCGGGGAUGGUCACAGCAACCCAAGUGCCACGGAGCUUGUUCGAUUGAUAACAACCGGCGUUAGUACCUUUGAUGCUGCAGUAGGAGAUAUUGCGAUCACCACCAACAGGACUAAGAUGGCGGAUUUCACACAGCCAUAUAUCGAGUCCGGGCUAGUCGUGGUUGCCCCUGUCAGGAAACAGGACUCUAAUGCGUGGGCUUUCUUAAAGCCAUUUACUUGGAAGCUAUGGUGCGUGACGGCCUUCUUCUUCCUCAUUGUUGGUUCAGUAGUGUGGAUUCUGGAGCACAGGUUGAACAAUGACUUCCGUGGACCUCUUAGGAGACAAAUUAUCACUAUGCUCUGGUUUAGCUUUUCAACUUGGUUUUUUGCUCAUAGAGAGAAUACCGUGAGUGUGCUCGGUCGCCUUGUGCUGAUCAUAUGGCUGUUUGUGGUUCUUAUCAUUAACUCAAGUUACACGGCGAGUCUGACCUCCAUUCUCACAGUCCAGCAGCUUUCUUCUCCUAUCAAAGGGAUUGAAACAUUAGUAUCGAAUAACGAUCCCAUAGGAUACCAGAAGGAAUCUUUCGUCCGCAGUUAUUUGAUAGAGGAACUCGGCAUUCAUGAAUCCAGACUUGUUCCUCUCAUCAUGCCGGAAGAUUAUGCCAAGGCCUUGAGAGAUGGUCCUAGCAAAGGCGGAGUCGCUGCGGUGAUCGAUGAGCGUGCAUAUAUCGAGCUUUUUCUCUCGACUCGAUGUGAAUUCAGCAUUGUGGGUCAAGAAUUCACCAAAAAUGGAUGGGGAUUUGCAUUUCCACGGGACUCACCCUUGGCAGUUGAUAUGUCGACGGCAAUCCUGAAGCUCUCGGAAAAUGGUGAUCUCCAACGGAUACAUGACAAAUGGCUAAUGAGAAGUGCCUGCACAUCACAAGGGACGAAGCUCGCACUCGACCGUCUUCACCUCAAAAGCUUCUGGGGCCUCUUCGUUCUGUGCGGAUCAGCUUGCUUCUUGGCCCUCAUCAUAUAUUUCCUGAGGAUGGUCCGCCAGUUCGGUCGGCACUAUUCCGAGGAACCAGAGAGCUCAACCUCGAGCUCCCGAAUGAGCCGUCUACGGACGUUUCUCUCCUUCAUCGACGAGAAGGAAGAGGUGGUGAAAAGCAGGUCCAAGAGGAGGCAAAUGGAGGAGGCCUCCAACAGAAGCAAUGAUGAGGAAGGAUCGGUGAAUGGUACCAAGAAAAGGCAUAUUGAAUACUCUUCAAACGACUUUAAUCCUGCUAACCAAGCUUAGGUAAAUGUAAAUCCGUCUCAGAACUUUCACUCUUAGUCACGUGGAAUCUUUCUGAUAUGGGAUAUCAAACCUCGUUAUACUCUAUAGAUAUGUCUAUACUUAUUGACAACUGUAAAUUGUUGCGAGGCAGAAAUUAAGUUUUUCUUUGGUUGAAAGAAAAAUUGAGUUAAGGGUAUGCUUUCCAGGGAAAUUUUCAUGACCAAGUAUUUGUAUCAUAUAUAAACAUGCUCAAUUCUUAUGCAGUGGGCUAAGUUUACUAUGUAGAAA